UUUCUUUCUUCGAUAAAUAAGAGGCUGGGUUCUCAUUAUCCUUGUUAUGUUUAAUUGUUUGAUUAAUUUCCUUGUAUGUGAUGAAUCACCAGUCAUCCUCACUGCUGUUUUGGGCAUCUGUCCCCUUCCGGCCUUACUUAGCCUGUGCUCAGAUAUCUUCGCUGCUCUACCCUAUCUAGUGAUGACUGUGGACUGAAUUGUUGAGGAAGGGGAAGGGCAGGGGUGGCUUUGGCAGUUCAGGAAUAUGAUUCCUUUAGUCUGGUGAGGUGUCUUUUCUGUCUUCUGGUCACUUCUGUUUUCUUUGACUUCAUUCCUGGAGAAUGAAUCUGCCAGCCACUUUUUAGAAAGAAAACAUCAUCAACAACAAACCACACUACCCUGUUUUAUCUCUUCACAAAAGAACUAUUUGUUCACCUUAGGAAAUAGGUUAUGUUGGGGGUGGAGUGUGGAAAGUCCCCCACCAUCUCCGCACCCUGCGGUAGCUGCAGUAAGCAACUGGGUGUCUGCCCUUCUGGAUCAUUCAUCACCAACCAAAUUGCAUCUCAACAUUCUACCUUCUUUUUACCUCUUUACGGGUCUUUCCCCACUCAACACACAGGAAACCUCAGCCACUUGAGCACAAAGGCCACUGUGUAAAGUUCUCAUAUUGAUAAAGCAUUCUUCUUUGCUCCUUUCUGCUUGCCUGUGCGUCCUCUUUCUGCAUAGCCAGCCUGUGCCCACUCAUCUCAGUUUUUGCUCUCCCGCCAAACUCAGGAGGAUUAUGGCCUCGGUGUCUGAGAGUCCUGGGGUCAAAAUCUGGCUUCCCAGUCCUGUGUCCUCAGACAAGCUCCUUUCCAUCCAGGCUUCAGCUUUUUCAUCUGUGAUAUAAUAUCCUCUCUCCGCGUAAUAUAACAUAGAACCACAUCGUACCACUCAAGAUUUUAUGAGGAUAAAAAUGAGACAAAUACAUGAAGUAUGUGCCUUACUGCCUGGUACAGGGAAGGUGCUUAGGAAAUGUGAAUUUUAGUUUCCUCUGCUCUGUCUUCAUUUAUUCAUUCUCCCUUCAGGACUGUUCCCGCGUGUGUGUUUGUGCUGGUCUCCUUGUGGCCUCACUGCCUCCCUCUGCUAGGCCUGUUUCCCUGGCCUCUGGAGAGAGAGCUGUGUCAGCAUGGUUUCUCUCUUCCUAUCUUGUUUUGAUGUUGCUUCUGGGCAGUUUGUUUGGAUUCUUACUUCCAAGCCCAGGAGAUAACACGGAUCAGGCACGGGGCGAGCCAAUAAACAGACACUUCCGGGAGGCCCUUGUGCAAUCCUGCUCAUUUGGUGAGUGUCCGACGGACGGGGUAGAGCCCCCUGCUCAGGGGGAUUGCCGUGUAAAGUGGCUUUUCAGAGUGUGACCUUUGUACCACCUGCAUCGGAACCGCUAGGGGCACCUGGUACGUGGUCCCGGGCUGGACUGUACAUCCAGAGUCGGGACCCCUGGGAGUACGCCCCGCACUGCACAUGUUUCACGGGCUCAGCAGGCUCCUCCAAGCAUGUAUUUGCUACAAGGACUGGUCCGUGGUGACCUAGGCACCUUGCUGUGUUAACAUCCUGCUGCCUGCACUGAUGGACUCCUUGGAGCUCCUGUGUUUGGGCUCUCUUAAAUCAUCCUUCAGGAAGUUGGCACCUUGUACAGUUUCAUCACCUGUAUUGUUUCUGCAGAUACUGAUUUCAGCACUUUCAUGGGCUGACUUGGUGGCUACCAUCCGGUGAAAAUUGGAGACCUCUUCAAUGGCCGCUACCAUGUCAUUAGGAAGCUAGGAUGGGGACACUUCUCAACUGUCUGGCUGUGCUGGGAUAUGCAGGGGAAAAGAUUUGUUGCAAUGAAAGUUGUAAAAAGUGCCCAGCAUUAUACAGAGACAGCCUUGGAUGAAAUAAAAUUGCUCAAAUGUGUUCGAGAAAGUGAUCCCACUGACCCAAAUAAAGACAUGGUAGUACAGUUAAUUGAUGACUUCAAGAUUUCAGGCAUGAAUGGAAUACAUGUCUGCAUGGUCUUCGAAGUGCUUGGCCACCAUCUCCUCAAGUGGAUCAUCAAGUCCAACUACCAAGGCCUCCCAGUACGUUGUGUGAAGAGUAUCAUUCGACAGGUCCUUCAGGGGUUAGAUUAUCUACACAGUAAGUGCAAGAUCAUUCAUACGGACAUAAAGCCGGAGAACAUCCUGAUGUGUGUGGAUGAUGCAUAUGUGCGAAGAAUGGCAGCUGAGGCCACCGAGUGGCAGAAAGCAGGUGCUCCUCCUCCUUCGGGGUCUGCAGUGAGUACGGCUCCACAGCAAAAACCUAUAGGAAAAAUAUCUAAGAACAAAAAGAAAAAACUGAAAAAGAAGCAGAAAAGGCAGGCUGAGUUGCUGGAAAAGCGCCUGCAGGAAAUAGAAGAAUUGGAGCGAGAAGCAGAAAGGAAAAUCAUAGAAGAAAACAUCUCAUCCGCUGUACCUUCCAAUGAACAAGACGAGGAGUACUGUCCAGAGGGGAAGCUCAAAACUGCUGGCUUAGAGGAUGCAGCCGAGGGCGAGCCUGCGAAUGACAAGGGUGAGGCUGAGGACCAGGAAGAGAAAGAAGACACUGAGAAAGAAAACACUGAGAAAGAUGGAGAUGAUGUGGAACCAGAACUGACGAGCACAGACCCUGCGUGGAUAGAGUCCCCCAGAACCAACGGCCAUAUUGAGAAUGGCCCGUUCUUACUGGAGCAGCAGCUGGAUGAUGAAGAUGACGAUGAAGAAGAUUGUCCCAAUCCUGAGGAAUAUAACCUUGAUGAGCCAAAUGCAGAAAGUGAUUACACAUAUAGCAGCUCUUAUGAACAAUUCAAUGGUGAAUUGCCAAAUGGACGACAUAAAAUUCCCGAGUCACAGUUUCCAGAGUUUUCCACAUCCUUGUUCUCUGGGCCCCUAGAACCUGUGGCUUGUGGUUCUGCACUUUCCGAGGGAUCCCCGCUUACCGAGCCUGAGGAAAGCAGUCCAUCCCAUGACAGAAGCCGGACGGUUUCAGCCUCCAGCACUGGAGAUUUGCCAAAAACAAAAACCCGGGCGGCUGACUUGUUGGUGAACCCCCUGGAUCCACGGAACGCAGAUAAAAUUAGAGUUAAAAUUGCCGACCUGGGAAAUGCUUGUUGGGUGCAUAAACACUUCACAGAAGACAUCCAGACGCGUCAGUAUAGAUCCAUAGAGGUUUUAAUAGGGGCAGGUUACAGCACACCUGCUGACAUUUGGAGCACAGCAUGCAUGGCAUUUGAGCUGGCAACGGGAGAUUAUUUGUUUGAACCGCAUUCUGGGGAAGACUAUUCCAGGGAUGAAGACCACAUAGCCCACAUCAUAGAGCUGCUAGGCAGUAUCCCAAGGCACUUUGCUCUAUCUGGAAAAUAUUCUCGGGAAUUCUUCAAUCGCAGAGAUCACAUAGCAUUGAUCAUUGAACUGCUGGGGAAAGUCCCUCGAAAAUACGCUAUGUUGGGAAAAUAUUCCAAGGAGUUUUUCACCAGAAAAGGAGAACUGCGGCAUAUCACCAAGCUGAAGCCCUGGAGCCUCUUUGAUGUCCUUGUGGAAAAGUAUGGCUGGCCCCACGAAGAUGCUGCACAGUUUACAGAUUUCCUGAUCCCAAUGUUAGAAAUGGUUCCAGAAAAACGAGCCUCGGCUGGCGAAUGCCUUCGGCAUCCUUGGUUGAAUUCUUAGCAGAUCCUACCAGUAGAGCAUUCUGAGCUAGCAAAUGUUUUCCAGUACAUUGGACCUAAACGGUGACUCUCAUUCUCUAACGGGAUUACAAGCGAGCUGGCUUCAUCCUCAGACCUUUAUUUUGCUUUGAGGUACUGUUGUUUGACAUUCUGCUUUUUGUGCACUGUGAUCCUGGGGAAAGGUAGUCUUUGUCUUCAGCUUAGUAGUUUACUGACCCACUUUCUUCUGGAAACAAUAACACGUCUCUAAGCAUUGUUUCUUGUGUGA